GAAGGCAGGUGUGCUCUGAGGAUACCCAGGGGCUGGACGGUGGGGUCUGUGCCAGGAUCCAGCGCCCCCAGCCCCCACUCUGGCCAGCGUGUUCUGUCUUUCGGCAUCUCUGCUUCUCUGCACGUCUGCCUCAUGUUCUUCUCGUUACCAGCUCACCAAUGCCCUCAGCACCGUCUGGAGGGAGCUGGUUUGAUCAGCUUAGCUAGAUCCCCUUGCCCAUGUUGGCCAGGUCCCCCUGGGGGUCCCCAGCAAGCCCAGUGAUGGACCGGCCUCCUGUGGUCAGAUAUCCACCUCUGGUCCAGUUAGGAGCUGCUUCGCCACAGAACACACACUGUACCCAGCCCUGCCUCCCUGAGCAGAAGCUUUGGGCUGGGCAGUUCCAGCCAGAAGAGACACCACGACUGGCACAUCCGAGAUGCUGAGAAAAAUGGUGUGGAUUUUAAGAUGAAGACCAUAGAGGUAGAUGGCAUCAAAGUGAGGAUACAGAUCUGGGACACGGCGGGGCAGGAGAGAUAUCAGACCAUCACAAAGCAGUACUACCGACGGGCCCAGGGAAUAUUUUUAGUCUACGACAUUAGCAGCGAGCGCUCUUACCAGCACAUCAUGAAGUGGGUCAGUGAUGUGGAUGAGUAUGCACCAGAAGGUGUCCAGAAGAUCCUUAUAGGGAAUAAGGCUGAUGAAGAGCAGAAGCGGCAGGUGGGAAGGGAGCAAGGGCAGCAGCUGGCUAAGGAGUAUGGCAUGGACUUCUAUGAAACAAGUGCCUGCACCAACCUCAACAUUAAAGAGUCUUUCACGCGGCUGACGGAGCUGGUGCUGCAGGCCCACAGGAAGGAGCUGGAUGGUCUCCGGACACGCGCCAGCACCGAGUUGGCACUGGCCGAGCUGGAGGAAGAGGAGGGCAAACCUGAGGGCCCGGCGAACUCUUCGAAAGCCUGCUGGUGCUGAGGGUCCUGCGUGGAGCACCCACCGAUCCCCCUCCCCUCGGGAGGCCUGUGGCAGACAGGGAGUCUGGGCUUUGCCCUGCUUCUCCUCUCACUCGGGUGACCCUGUGGAAUACCAGUAGCUGCUACUCCCCUGCCUGGCCCUGAGAGCAGCCCCGCUGUCAUCUCAGAGCAGCCUCUGCCCCCGCCCUCCAGCCUGGAGGGGCUCCCUCCCGCCUGUUUGCCCGCCACAGGCCCGCCAGGAGCCCCCAGUAUGCUGCGGGCGCGGUCUCACCGCCCCAGGCGCCCAGACAGUGGCCCCGUCUGGAGUGAGGCCACUCCAGGGCUCCUUCUUUCUCAGUGCAUCCUGUCUCUCUGCUUUUCCUCUCUUCCUCCCACCUCUCUUCCUUGUCCCCUUCCCCCUUCUAGUGUGUUCUGUAUCAAAGCCCCUCACACCUCUUGCCCUCGCCGUCCUGCUGUGUGGCUGCCGGGGCAGCUUCUUUCUUUCCUUUCUUCCUAACCCUGUCCAAGGGAAUGGACUCAGGCUCAUGGGGAUGUUCCAUACUCUUCUUCUGGGAGAACCGCCCCCCACCCUGCUUUGUGAAGGGGCCAAAGCCUACGGGGUGCUUCUUCCUAUCUUGCCCACCCCACCGCCCCUUCCUGUGCUGUGGGCCUGCCUCACCAAUGAUCAGGGAAAGUGGAACAUCAAGGUAGGAAGGAAACACCAAACUGGUGGUCCUCAAGACUGGGGCUGUCCCACCUUUCCCUGCCUGCCCCCCAAAUCCCCCCCUCCCAGCUUUGGCCUUGCUUGGCUGCCUACCCACCUGCUUCUUGCGGAAAGUGAGCUCAGAAGCAGGUGCUUCAGAGAAGAAAAAAAAUGUCGAGAGGAGGCAGGGAUAAAGGUCACCUUCAUUCUCUACCUCCCAUGCAGUGUGUAUACAAUUUCUCCCCACCUGGGCUCCUGAAUUUAAAGAUGUGUACCAAGGCCUCAGGGCACUGCAGGGACAAGGAAAGCCUGGGGGAGGGGGGCGGGCGGCGAGACCAGUGAUGUUGAUGUUGACGAGCCAACCACACACCCCAGAAAGGGGAGUGUUUGGACCUGAAGGACUAGCCCCUGUAUAUCAGGUGAAAGCGAGGGAGAGGAGACCAGAAGGGAAUAUGGCAGCAACUUCCCUUUCUGUGUAAGAAGGGCGUUUCCCCACGACCCCCCUGGCACGUGAGAGGUGACAUAACCACUAAACCCAGCCUUCCGUGCUCAAGGUUUUCCUGAGACUCAAAGUCUGUGGGAGAAGGGCAGGGGCUUCCCGGGGAGAGAGAAGGAAGGCCCCGGGUAGAAAUGCUUGGUGCUGUUCUCUUCAGCCUUCUAGACAAAAUGCUCAUCUUGCCCCUCUAGCUCCUUGAAGAGGAGCCACCUGCACUGUGGCUGCAGGAGGAGGGAAGCGGACUCCUUCCUCCAGAGCUCUUUGUUCAGGAAGAAGUUUCUUUAACCCCACAUGGCCCAAAGGUGGCUUGAGGGAGGCGCUUUAAAGAAGGGGCAAGUCAGUGACGGGCCCUAGUGGGGUUCUUCCCCACCUUCCCAGGGUUGGAGGCUCCUUCUUAAGCUACAUUUUAGCGGCAUCACAUGGCUCGGGCUGGAGCUAAAACAAAGACUCGAGCACUGAACAUUGACCGACGAAAGGCCGAAGUCCAGGGCCCACACGUGUGAAGGAUUAAGAGCCCUGCUUCCUUAUUCCUCCAAAAAAAAAAAAAAAAAGGUGGGUAAGAAA